AUGUUCCUCGUUCAGCAUCUUCUUCAGCUCCGCAAGAAGGUGGAAGUAGACGUUAGCCGUUUGAUACUCUCCAUCGAAAUGCUCCUUGGCGACUGUAUAAAUGCAGCUCGCGAGCUUGCAGAAAGUCUUGAUCUGUAUCCAUUCCUCAUAGAUUUCAAACUCAAGAACCCGUGCUUCCCGAACGUUCUUGUAACAACGGCCAAACGUCAAGAUUUUUGUAGUUAUUGCAAGAUUUGUUGUUGUUCUCGUAUCCUAGAAUAUAUUUAUAAUGCAGUGUGCGUUGACUUGCUUGGAUCCACUUGGUUUGACUAG